AUGCCUGCCGACCACGGAAAACAAUUCACCCUCUACUGUCACGGCGGCCCCAACCCAUGGAAGGUUGCCAUUGUACUAGAGGCGUUAUGUCUCCCUUACAAGCUCAUCAACGUCGAUUCUAGCACCCAGGAACAUAAGAAGAAACCAUACACCGACCUGAAUCCCAAUGGACGCAUGCCUACUCUCAUAGAUCAUUCUAACAACGACUUUGUGAUCUGGGAGUCCGGUGCUAUCAUACUAUACCUCGUUGGCAAGUAUGAUAAGGAACAUAAGAUUUCAUUUGAAGAAUUUGAGCAGACUUCGACUGCAAACCAGUACUUGAUGUUUCAGAUGUCCGGUCAGGGCCCAUACUUCGGGCAAGCAGUGUGGUUCAACAGAUACCACGGUGAGAAGAUCCCCAGCGCUAUCGACAGAUAUAACAACGAGGUACUGCGAGUUCUUAGUGUCCUAGAGGACAUUCUCAAAGACAAGGAAUGGCUCGUGGGCGGCAAAUGUUCCUAUGCUGAUAUCUCGUUCCUUCCAUGGAACGGGUUGCUGGGAUGGAUGUCAGGAUUUGACGGAUGGCAGGAGAAGUUCCCCAAGGUUGCCGCUUGGGAUGCGAGGAUGAAUGAAUUAGAUAGUGUGAAGAAGAUGAAGGCGGCCAAGGAAGCACUUGCAAAUCACUAG